AUGAACACCUCCAACGGCAUGUCCGAACUCGUGAAUACGAAUGAGAAACCAUAUAAGUGUACAUGCGGCUCAUCUUAUGCUAGACGUGAUCUCUUGAAGCGCCAUCAGAGCAUCGCACAUUCUCCAAGCACUUCAUUGACAACCCCGGUGACUGGCGAUGUUAGCGUCGCCCAAGAGAGCGAACCCCGUAACUUCAAUGCUGCUUUUACCGAGCCAAUUCCUUGGGACAUUCCUGGUACUCGAAGUAUUCCUGCUGAAUCCAUAGAGCAGCAGGGACAAUUGUCAGAAUAUCAGUCUGCGGGUGAUUCGUCACUACUUGAUGCUUAUGAUCCUUUGCGGGAUUUUGAAUACUUCAGUCACAGCCUAGGUCUCACAUCCGACUGGGCCCUGCCAUCAGAAUUUGACAUCUCGCGGAUCAUGGUUAGAGAGCCUAUAUACCAUCUCCUGCCUACUUCUUCUGUCAGUCAUGAACAGCAAGAGCAUUCUGCUUCUUCAGAACAGAACCAUCCUCUUACUCAGUUUCCGGUCGAACGGGAUGCUGUUGGGGAAUUUGGUGUCCUGACUUUCCCUGUUCUCAAGAUUACAGACGAACAUCGAAGCCACCUGCUCCAGUCACUGGUGCAAUUUCAAACUACGGUAACUAAUUUCGUCAUGCCAUCGUCCCACUCUUUAACGCGGUUUGUAAAUGCCUUUUUUGAUGGAUUCUAUCCUCAUGCGGCACUUGUACACAUUCCAACCUUUAAGCUAGAUAAUUGCGAGCCGGAAACCAUCCUGGCCAUGGCCGCACUUGGAGCUCAAUACCGGCAUGAACAUCGAAAGGGAACCCUACUAUUCUACGCAGCAAAGGCGAUUAUCCAAGACAAAGCGCUGGAAAGAGAAAGGAAAGCGACUAACCAAAACCUUUCGUUGCGUCCUACCGAGCCGUUGACAGGUUCUCGCCACAGGGCGGAUAAUUAUAAUGGCUCUUCGUACAAUGAACUGAUGUGCGAGGCGCGAUGCGUUCUUUACCUCAUAUUUUUCGCAACAUGGCACCACGAGCCAGACAUUGUGCGAGAAGCAUUUAACUUCCAGAGCCUUCUAGCAAGAUGUGUGAGAGAAAGCUGCCUUGAUGAGGACGAAGAAGCUCUGCAAAAUGUUACCACAGAUUGGCAUGCCUGGGUGGAACAGGAAUCUCACAGGAGAAUCAAGUUAUUUUCCUUUGUCUUUCUCAAUUUACAGAGCAUAGCAUUCAACGUGCCCCCGAUCAUCUUGAGCGAUGAAAUAAAUCUUCGCCUACCAUGUUCUUGCAUGGAAUGGCUUGCUCCUUGCCGCGAAAGAUGGUCUAUGGUUCGUGGCCCAGGCCAUCAAGAACAGAUGCGUUUCCAGGAUGCUCUCGCUCAGUUGGCCCGGAUUUCCCGAGAUCCAAACUCUAUCGACUCUCAACUGGUUCCAUCCACAUUGGCCAACUAUAUUCUACUGCAUGCUCUUAUUCAACGAAUUCUGCUGAUGUAUCAGGCGUUUUGUUUUAAUAGCGAUGGAGAACAUCCUCUACUGGUCUCCCAAAAGGAAGAAAUUCGGAACUUCUUACGUGCAUGGACCUCCCAAUGGCAACGAGCACCUGAAUCAAGCCUUGAUCCCAGGAAUCCAAACGGCCCUGUUCCUUUCACGUCAACAGCAUUGCUUGGCCUAGCGUAUAUCCGACUUGCUUUCAAUAUAGGCUCAUAUGGCGCAUUGCAAUCCCGAGAUUCAGAGAAGAUUGCGAACAAGCUUAUGGAUUUACCUCGUUUACCCGGCGGUCCUAAUCUUCUUCCGGCAAUACUGCAUGCGACGCAUGCCUUGAGUAUACCGGUAAAGCUGGGAAUAAGUUUUGUUUCUCGGGGCCAUACAUACGUAUCGAGCAUACAGCACUCGCUUUGCGGAAUGGAGUUUGCAGUUUUUAUCAGCAAAUGGUUACACUGUAUUUCAGAGUGCCGAACUAGGAGAUCUCUUGAUGAACAUGAAAUCCGCUUGAUUAAUUGGAUAAGCGACAUUGUCGAAGAGGGCAGAACAUCGGGAGAUGAAGGCCUGUGUCCUGGCCCUGCAUCUCCAUCCAACUGUCUUCACUUAGCCUACGUCGCGGUAAAACUAUGGGCUCGCCUGAUAAAGGGAAACGAACAAUGGGCAAUUCUGAGGAUUAUCGGGGAAAGCCUUGACAUAUAUGCUGACCUUUGCCGAGAAAAAUAUGCAUUCGUUCAGAGUGGCGCAUAGUGAUCAGGGCGAUCGUUGGUGGUGUUGGAGACGCCUCUACAGAAGUGGGCAAACACCUCCAAAUGUCUCCAUAUAAAAACAGUAG